AUGUCGAAUAUUCAAUCAAAAAGAAUAAAGAAUGCUUGUACAAAUUGUCGUCGUAGAAAGAUAAAAUGCCCUGGUGGGUAUCCAUGUGGUAAUUGUCUGCAAGCCAAUGUUAAUUGUCUAUACGAAGUGAAACCGAAGAAGGAAGUUAAAGAAAAGAAGGGGAUUACAAAACGAAUGACUGCAACUAAAAGUUUAGAAAUUCUAGAUUCAAGAAUGUUAAGUUUAGAAAAGGCUAUUACCAGUAUAGUUGGCCAUUUACUGAAUCCAAAUAGUAAAUCUUCUCCUCCUACUGAUUUGAAUCUACCUUUGAAGAUCCAAAAUCCAAAUAGUCAAAAUUCAGAAUUUGAAAACUCAUCUACUAAUGAAGAAGAAAGUGAUACAAGUGAAGAGUUUGAGACUGAUGAUGUCCAGGAAUAUGAGAGUCAUGUUGCUACUUCUCCUGAGAAUCAUCUUAAUAAAAUGAAAAAAUCUAAACUGAGUACCCAUGAGAACAAGACCGAACAUAACUUAUUGCAUAAUCGUCAAUUAGAAACAUAUUUUGGAACUCAUUCAUUUUUAUGUAUCUUUUCUGAAAAAAGUUUGGCGUGGAUGCAAGAAACAUUAGGACCUAAAAAGUCUAAUUUUGUGACUCCCAUUAUCCGUUUACCAAUAUUCUUGAAAACUCGAAUGAAAGAUGUCAUACUUAAAUGGGUAGAUCCUACAAUUUAUGAUCGUAAAUCAAGGAGACAAUUACUUGAAAAACCUUUUUCUCAAGACUCAGAAUUUAUUUUUGCUUUAAUUGAUACUUAUUAUCAAGAGAUCAUUCAUUGCUGCUUAGUUAUAAACUACGAGCGUAUGAAAGGAUUAUUUGGAUCGUAUUAUGGUAUUAAUGGAUAUCGAAAGCGUCGUUUUAAAUGCUCAGAAUUUCUUUUAAUGACAAUUGCCAUUGCCUUCUGCCUUCAAACGAUUCAUGAUGAAAGACUUAACCAGUCACAUUCUUCUAAUCCGCGUCACCACAUCCCUGGGCCACUUCCAGAGUCGAUAAGGUCUUUAUCUACCGAAGAUUUAUUGAAGAUGAGGAAUGAAAUGGUUGAUUAUGCUAUCUUCUAUUAUCAUAGAAUAUCCGUAUUGAGUGAUGGUUUAGAAACAAUUGAAGCAAUUUUAUUGUUAAUCACUUUUGUUGAGGCAAAUUGGUUCUUCUCCCCAGUUAAUUUUAUUCUAAUUUCAGUUGCCGUCAGAUUUGCUCAAGAGAUAGGGUUACAUAGAGCUGAAUCUUAUAUUAGUUUCCCACCUUCUGAAGCAGAAAGGCGACGUAAAAUCUGGUGGUUUUGUCACUACUUUGAUAUGGAAAUUUGUUUCAGAGCCGGUAAACCUCCAUUGAUCAAUUAUGCUGAUGUAAGUGCUGACUUGGCUCCUAAUGCAGAAGAUUCACCAUACAAUACGUUUUCGCCUAACGUAGAUAUUCAUAUGCCUUCGAUGGGUUCCAAGCUUUCCUCUAGUAUACGACAGCCUUUUUUUAGAGAUGACGAUGGAAACGUUUUAUUACACCAGUAUUAUUUCACAUUAUUGACAAGACUUCGUACAAGAAGUUAUGAAAGUUUAUUUCUGGCAUCUGCUCAAAUAGAUACAUUUGAAAAAUUACUGAGAGCUUUAGAUAAGUUGAAUAAAGAAAUGUUUGAAUUAAGAGAAUGUAUGCCGAUUGAAAAUCAGUUAUUAUUUUACAAUCAUCCUUCUUUCAAAGCUUAUAAAGCAGAAACUAUUAAAGAGGAAAGCAUUGAAAAUGUCAUAGCGACGCAGCUAACUUACUUUUCCCAUUUGAUGACUAUCAAUAGAUUACCAUUUCAAAUAGUAACACCUGACCAUGAUGAAAGCUGUGAAGAAAGUUUAAUAUAUCGUGCAUUGUAUCUUGAUAGUGCUAGAACUAUUCUUCAUAUCGUACUUGCACUAGAUCUUAGAACUAUUCCCUUAUCAUUCAUCAACUGGAUUAUAUUCUUCCCAUUUUCAGCAUUUUUAAAUUUGCUUGGUAAUUGUAUUAAUAAAGCAGGUGAAAGUGAUAGUAUGAAGGACCUUGGGUUACUCAUCGAUGUUGCGGUUAAGUUCUUCGGUUAUAAUAAUAGGUAUGCUGAACAAUCUGAUAAUCCUUCUGCAAAAGUUUACCAGCAGAGAGGUUCAGUUAUCGAUUUGGUGGUUAAAACCAUGCUUCGUAUUUUGAUAAAAAUUUUAGAAGGUAAACUUGAAGUCGAUAUUUUGAAAGGAAAUGACUUUUUGACGCAGUAUUUAGAGAGCUGCGAAAAGAACUACCCAUAUAUUUUU